AGAAAUCUCAAUCGAAACUCGAGUCCAAAUCGGGCAUGAAUUACUGACAUUCCAAAACAGUCGUAAAAAUAGUUAUGAUUGUAGGUAAAAGUGUGGACACUAAUCCCCUCAUUCUCAUGCGCAAACUCUGAACCGGAUUCCUUCACCUUCCUAUGCUGUUGCCACCUCUUUUUGGUCAAACUAUGUCGACACUCUCUCUAUAUUCUCACUCUCCUGUAACUUCCUCCUUCGGCAAUAUUCAACCAAGUCUGUUGCGGACUCUCCAACGACUAAGGUUAUGAUGGUUUGAAGUUGGUAGGAGAAACGAUUCUCCACCAAUCCUCGGACACAAUAUCACAUCUCUAAACUCCAACUUUUCGUGUAAAAAAUCCUAGAUUCAUGUUCAUCAGGAUAAGCCAGGCCCUUUCCGUAUAUGCGAGAGUUGUUUUCUAACGCCCUCUCUUAAGUUUCUCCAUCUCUUACGAUGACUUUCAUUGAGAAUUUCUGGUCCUUUCUCCGCCUUGAAGGUAUCAAAAAAAGAGCUGAAGUUUUCUCAGAGUCAAACUUCCCCACAAUGUCGGAAACCAUGGCCAAUACGAGCUGUAGAGGUACCAAUUUAGAGAGCUGCCGAGACGAACCAGCCGCACUUGUCCUCAAAACCAUCGCCAUUGUGUCGAUCCUCAUCGCUGGAUCCGUCGGAAUCUCCUUCCCCAUCGUGGGAAAGAACAGCCGCUUCCUCCGAACUGACAGCAUUCUCUUCGUAUUCGUUAAGUCAUUCGCCGCCGGCAUCAUCCUUGCCACCGGGUUCGUACACAUGCUCCCAGCCGGAUUGGACGCCCUCAACGGCGAAUGCCUGCCCAAUUACCCAUGGUCCAAGUUCCCCUUCGCUAGCUUUUUCACCAUGAUGGCUGCGCUCCUCAUCCUCCUCGUCGAUUUCUUGGGAACCCAGUAUUACGAGCGCAAACAAGGGAUGAUUCGGUCUACCAAGGGGAUUGUCCGGGUCGAAUCCUUCGAUGUGGGACUGGAGACGGGGAUUAUGCGGGCGGUGGAGGGUAAGGAGAGGAACGAGAAGAUGUUUGGGGAAGAGAGAGGUGGCGGGAUGCACAUUGUCGGGAUUCAUGCACACGCUGCGCGCGCUGCGCACGACAGACACAGUCCAUAUGAGGGGCACUCUGCUGGAGACGGGCAUGGAUAUUGUGGUGGGGAAGAUGAUGGUGCUGCUCGGCACGUUGUCGUUUCGCAGGUUUUGGAACUUGGGAUUGUAUCACAUUCAGUUAUCGUCGGUCUAUCACUAGGAGUUUCUAAUAGUCCCUGUGCCAUAAGACCCUUAAUUGCAACAUUAUGUCUUCAUCAAUUCUUUGAAGGAUUUGCCCUUGGAGGUUGCAUCUCCCAAGCACACUUUAGCAAUCUAUCUGCAACACUAAUGGCUUGUUUUUUUGCCAUCACUACCCCGGCAGGCAUCGGCAUCGGGAUCUCCAUUGCUUCAUUUUACAACGGGAGCAGCCCCGGUGCUCGGAUCACUGAAGGCAUCCUGGAUUCCAUGUCUGCUGGAAUUCCGAUUUACAUGGCUUUGGUGGAACUAAUUGCUGCUGAUUUUCUCAAUAAGAGGAUGAGAUGCAACUACAGACUGCAAUUAACAACCUACUUUAUGCUCUUUUUUGGGGCUGGAUCGAUGUCUGCACUAGCAAUCUGGGCUUAGAUUGUUGAAGCAACUGUUCCUUUUUGGCAAUGCAUCACAAAAUUCAUUCAAUUUUUUAUUAACACGUUUGGUAAGUAAGUUCUUUAAGAUUGAUGGAUAACAAAACUUCACAGAACACAUGACUGGUUGUCUAGAUUCGGUUUGAAAAAUGUAACAUCUGAGUACGUAUAAACUAUUAAUACCUAGGUUGACCUUUGUGUCUAUCACUUUUGGCUAGCUACAACUGGUCGUGUGUUUUGUUAGAAACUUCGAAGUAGUGUUGUGAUGAAGCUUAAUUAUAGUAAUGUAUAUUACAUCUACUUUAUAAUAAAAAUUAUUUUACAAUUUCCUAAUCA